AUGCCUCCGCCCGGCCUCCUCGAGAAGGUCUUAACGCUGAAUGCUCGCAACAAGUUCGUCGGCCCAUUCCCCGCUGACACCUUCCUGGACACCUUCUUGCCUAUGUCUUCCUGCUCUAUACCGGAUAUCAACGAGGCUAGCUUUUCUCAGAUCCCAAGGAAGAGAACAUCUCACAUGUUCAAACCUCUCAUAACCGCGGUUCGUCCAUUCUGCUCUAUGCUCAGGUUGUGCAGGACCACGGGAAGUAGUGGGGAGAAGUGGAGAGUGUACCAACAAGAUGUGAAGCCACAAGUCGCGAUGUAUGACACCAGCGUCCCUCAAGACGUCGAUACGGAUAUUUCGAGGAUGGAGGCGUGGAUGGAGGUCACUGCCCAUGAAGAAGAGGACCCAUUCGACGAUCCUCCACCACAGCUCACGGGUGAAGACCUCUUUGCACACCUUCGAACACACCCCUUCGAGCGCGAAACCGAGCAGGGGAUGCGCACUCGAGGUCGAACCCUCGCUCAUGCCAUCGCCCAGCUGGGAUCGCAAAACCGAAACUUCGCCUUCUCGACAAUUCUUUUUGGUCGAUUUGCCCGCUUAGUGCGCUGGGACCGUGCCGGUGCGGCGGUCUCGCGACGAUUCGACUACACCAAAACGCCUGAGCUGCUCGCCAAGUUCUUCUGGAGAUUAUCGCAGGCGUCACGGGACAGUCGGGGAUCGGACGAAUCGGUUUCGCCUGCAGAUUUGGACAAUGAAGUUGCGGCUACGAUACGACAGCAGCUCGAUAUGCCUCCAGACGAGCAGCUAUUUCGCUAUGAGAUUCACGAUGACGCAGAUCCAAUCCCAUCUACUUCGUCCGGCGGAGCCGAUGAGCACGGGCGCAAACCCUCGACCACAUCGCGUUGCUACUAUGGCCCUCGGUUCGACUUUAUGCCUUGGGAUCUGACGGGGAGCUCUACGCGAACUGCCGUCUUGUGGGACUUGACUACCGGGAAGAAGGUCUUCCUGAAAGACCUGUGGAGACCCGACUCGACCUCGGCAGAGAAGGAGGGCGACAUCUAUCGAACGCUUCAAUCACACAAUGUCCCGCAUAUCGCACCUAUGGAGAGGAGUGGAGAUGUGCCCAGCAUUCACGGCGCUAGAACUCAGACGCAGGAUUACAGCGAACAAUAUCUUGGCAUACUAAUAUCCGGUUACGUUCAUUAUCGCCUCACCCUCGGUGUCGUAGGGAAACGACUAAGCCAGUUUUCUUCGCCCAGUCAACUGGUCUCGGCUUUGGCUGAUGCUUUAGAAGCACACAAGGGGGCAUAUGAAUCGGCCAAGAUCCUCCAUCGAGAUAUCAGCGCGGGAAAUAUCAUUCUAUCGCCGACUGGCGAAGGUCUUCUCAUCGACUGGGAUCAUUGUCUCAACAUGGAUAGCCCGUCAUAUGAGGAGGCACAAUAUGGGAUAUCAGGCACUUGGGAGUUUAUCUCCGGACGUCUCCUCAUGGAACCCGACAACGAGAUACACACACUACAGGAUGACUUGGAGUCCUUCUUGCACGUUGCGACGUGGACCUCCGUUGGCGGAAUUCAUGGCAAACUGUCGUCCGAGGAACGGGAAUAUUACCUUGACCAAAUCUUCCGCGACAAGCAAAAUAUCAACGGUCGGGAAGUGGGAGGCACCUGGAAACACCUGCGUCUCAUAAACGAGAAUUGCUGGGGACCCGAUAAUUGGCUUCCUGACCAUUCUCAUCUUCUUCUCAUGUUACGCAAACUAGGCAGCACCUUUGGCCUAAGGUAUCGCAAGCCCCCCAGCGAUGAGGAGCGCAGAAAGUACCGUGUGGCUGGAGAAGAACUUAGGGCCACUCUUCCUGAGCUCUAUGAGACCCUCUAUGUCUGCGUUUACGACAAGGCUAUGGCCGCGAUCCAGACGCAUGAUUGGAUGAUUGAGGUAUUAAGAGAGGGGUCAAAAGCGAUGGAAGAGUUGGACGAUCAAGUUCUCACGACAGCGACCAACAGUGACAGUGGUUCAGCGUUGAUAGCUUACCCCAUUAAAUCUGAUUCUCGCGAGAAUGAACGAGUGCAUAGGAAGCGGUUGGAGCAAUCGCCUUCCCUCCCAGCUGAGGAUCAACGUCUGAGGAAGAAGGUGAAGCAGGCUUAAAAGUCGCGGAUAUCGUGCUCACCUGUGCAAGCGGAGCCGCCCGGUUAUGCAAGAGAACGCAUCCCCUCCCCUCGUCUUAUCGGAAGGUUCUUGACAUACUUCUUGCUCGUCACGUUUCGCUGC